AUGGCUCCUAUUCGGUCCCUAUUGAUCGGCCUUCUGCCCUUCGUCUCUGCACAAGGCUGCCCCUAUGCCGGCGCUAACAGGCGAGACCUCCUGGUCGCGAGGGACGACCCGUCGUCGUUCGACACUCUUGCGUCCUCUUUCGGCAAAACCAGUGUCAUCAGCGACGCAGCAGGCGCCGGUACUCGUAGCAAAGACUGGUGGCCGAAACAGUUGAGGCUGGAUGUCCUUCGUCAAUUUUCGCCGGAGCAAAACCCGCUUGGGGCUGACUUUGACUAUGCCGCCGCAUUCGCUACUCUAGACUAUGAGGCGCUAAAGUCAGAUAUCAUGUCCUUGUUGACGGAUUCGCAGGCUUGGUGGCCAGCUGAUUUUGGCAGCUAUGCUGGUCUGUUAAUUCGUGCGGCCUGGCACAGUGCGGGUACAUAUCGAAGUAUCGAUGGGCGUGGGGGUGCCGGUAUGGGACAGCAACGUUUCGCUCCCCUCAACAGCUGGCCCGACAAUCAGAGUCUUGAUAAGGCCCGGCGCCUGCUAUGGCCGCUCAAGCAGAAGUAUGGAAAAGCCAUCUCGUGGGCCGACUUGGUCGUCCUGGCUGGUAACUGUGCCCUUGAGAGCAAUGGCUUCCCAACCCUCGGAUUUGCUGCCGGACGUCCCGAUACGUUCCAGUCAGAUGAAAGCGUCUUCUGGGGUGACGAGACAACGUUUGUCCCCCACGGCAACGACGUCCGUUACAACGGUAGCACCGACACCACUGAGCGCGCCGACAAGUUGGAGAAACCACUUGCCUCUACUAACAUGGGGCUUAUCUAUGUCAACCCGCAAGGACCUGAUGCUAGCGGUGACCCGAAAGCGUCGGCCCUCGACAUUCGUAUGACCUUUGGCCGAAUGGGUAUGAACGACUCUGAGACUGUUGCACUGAUCGCUGGAGGUCAUGCUUUUGGAAAGACUCACGGAGCCUCGAGCACUACCGUUGGCCCUGAGCCAGAAGCAGCACCCCUAGAACAGCAAGGCUUGGGAUGGUCCAACAGCUUUGGUACUGGUAACGCAGACGACACCAUCACUAGUGGAUUGGAAGUCAUCUGGUCCAAGACACCAACAAAGUGGAGCAAUGACUUUCUAGAGAGUUUGUUGGGCAACGAGUGGACCCUAGUGAAAAGUCCUGCCGGAGCUCUUCAAUUCGAGGCGUUGAACGGAACUCUUGAUUACCCUGAUCCCUUUAACAAGACGUUCCGCCACGCUACCAUGCUAGUCAGCGAUCUUGGCCUGCGGGAGGAUCCUAGCUACAACGUUAUUGCCAAUUCAUGGUUAGGUGACGAGGGGUUCAAAGAACUCACUGAUGCCUUUGCAGCAGCGUGGUUCAAGCUUUUGCAUCGUGAUAUGGGUCCUAUUUCCCGCUACCUAGGCCCCGACGUGCCCAAGCAGAGCUUUAUCUGGCAGGAUCCUCUCCCCGCCGCAUCCUUCCCCGCCCUGUCUGAUGCCGAUGCGGAAGAUUUGAAGACACAAAUCCUUGCCGCCCCCGGCGUCAACGUUUCGAGCUUGGUCUCGGUAGCCUGGGGUUCGGCAUCCACUUUCCGUGGGGGUGAUAAGAGAGGGGGUGCCAAUGGAGCCCGCAUUGCUUUGCAGCCCCAGGCCUCGUGGCCAGUAAACAACCCCACGCAGUUAAAGACGGUCCUUGACGCUUUGAACACAAUCAAGACUGCCUCUGGUAAAGUUUCCCUAGCUGACCUUAUCGUCCUCGGCGGUAAUGCUGCUAUUGAGAAGGCUGCUGCUGAUGCUGGCCACACUGGUGUCAAAGUGCCGUUCACCGGUGGUCGCGUUGACGCCACCCAGGAAGACACAGACAUUGCCACCUUCGAGUUCCUCAACACACAGGGCGAUGGUUUCCGUAACUUCCGCAACAGCUCAGGCUGGUCGCUAGCACGUACAGAGGAGCUCCUCGUCGAAAAAGCCCAACUGCUGACACUGACGGCACCUGAAAUGACGGUACUCGUUGGCGGCAUGCGUGCUCUCAAUACCAACUAUGACGGGUCCUCCAACGGCAUCCUGACAUCCAGUCCCGGCAAACUCACCACCGACUUUUUCGUCAACAUACUCGACAUUAACAACGUGUGGACCGCAGACUCCACCAAUGAGCUAUACACCGCAAAGGACCGCUCAUCGGGCGCUCAGAAGUUUACAGCGACGCGCGCUGAUCUUGUCUUCAGCGCGCAUGCUGAAUUGAGGGCUAUUGGAGAGGUGUACGCCCAGAACGGCGGGUCUGACAAUUUCGUACCUGAUUUCGUGGCCGCCUGGACAAAGGUCAUGAAUUUGGAUCGUUAUGAUGUAAAGAAAUAG